GUCACUCGAGAUAUGUGAGACUGAGAUGCUUGGGUUUUUCAGAACGGAUGGGCUAGGACAUCAACCCAAACGCCCCUCCCCCUUUUCUUUGGGGCCCAGAGUAGGGUCAAGGGGUGGUCCUGUUGGUGGUGACCAAGAACUGCGUGCCUAGAAGCAGGGGGAGGAGCUUGCACAAGAUUUGGAGAGACUGAGUCACCUGCUGCCACCAUCAAUACAAUGCAGUUCAAGAAUACCUAUUGUGUCCCCAUUGUGUACCAGGCACUGUGCUAGAGGUGAACGGGAUUGACCCUGACCUUGUCUCAGGGAAACACUCACUUCAUCUUUACUUUACCUGCAGGCUAGUUGGUCAUAUGGGGAAAGGGAGAAGACCCCCACUAUUGUCUGCCCACCCUUUCCAAAAUAAGUAAAUCCACAGCUGACCAGUAAGGACAGGGAGGAUGUGUGCAACUCUGUGAAGGAACCUGGGAAUGGUUCUCUCCUAAGAAGUUGCAGAGCCCUGCCCUCUCCCCCACAUGGUGAGAGCUGGAGAGGAGCAGGAGCGUCUUCGCUUGGAACGGGAGCAGGAGCAGAAGAAGGCCAGCAGCCUGGCCAGGCUGGCCCAUGCCCUGCCUGUGGAGGAACCCCGCAUCGAGGCACCGCCCCUGCCUCUGUCGCCCUUUUCGGACUCCAAGCCCACCGGCAGCCCCAAGCCUCUGCAGCCCCUCCCCACACCCAUCCUGACCAUAGCACCCCACCCGGGAGUCCAGCCACAGCUGGCCCCCCAGCAGCCACCCCCGCCCGCUCUUGGGACCCUGAAGUUGGCACCAACGGAAGAAGUCAAAUCCAGCGAACAGAAGAAGAGGCCUGGGGGGAUCGGAACCAGAGAAGUCCACAACAAACUGGAGAAGAACAGGUGUUCUGGAAGCAAGGGUGGCUGUGGGGGGAUGUUCGCGGUACUGUGGGCCCAGGGUUGCUGCUCAGGGUGUCCUGCUUUUCCUUGCCCUGCUCUCCAGUCCCUGAAGAGGAAGGAGAAGGAAUACGAGCAUGAGAUGGAGCGGCUGGCGCGGGAGAAGAUCGCCACGCAGCAGCGGUUAGCGGAGCUCAAACAUGAGCUGAGCCAGUGGAUGGAUGUGCUGGAGAUUGACCGUGUGCUCCGACAGACAGGCCAGCCCGAGGACGACCAGGCUUCCACCUCUACUGCCUCUGAGGGCGAGGACAACAUAGAUGAGGAUAUGGAGGAGGACCAGGCCGGCCUGGGCCUACCCAAGCUGAGCCAGCGCCCCCACCCGGAGCUGCCGCCGCCACCGCCCAGCACCGCCCCUGUGCCUCUGCCUCCCCACCCGCACCCCCACUCCCAGCCUGUGGCCCUGUCUCCAGCCCAUCUGCCUGGGCAGCAGCCGCCACCACAGCAGAAGACACCUCUGCCGGCUCCUCCUCCCCCACCAGCUGCCCCUGCCCAGACGCUGGUACCAGCUCCAGCCCAUUUGAUGGCUGCAUCUGGGGGCGGCUCCACAGUCAUCGCCCACACAGCCACCACCCACGCCUCAGUCAUCCAGACUGUGAACCACGUUCUCCAGGGGCCAGGCGGCAAGCACAUCGCCCACAUUGCCCCCUCAGCCCCCAGCCCUGCCGUGCAGCUGGCACCUGCCACACCCCCUAUUGGCCACAUCACAGUGCACCCCGCCACCCUUAACCACGUGGCCCACCUUGGCUCCCAGCUUCCCCUAUACCCACAGCCUGUGGCAGUGAGCCAGCCCGUGGCGGUGAGCCACAUUGCCCACACCCUCUCGCACCAGCAAGUGAAUGGCACAGCUGGGCUGGGGCCCCCCACCACCGUCAUGGCAAAGCCAGCCGUGGGGGCUCAGGUGGUGCACCACCCCCAGCUGGUGGGCCAGACAGUGCUCAACCCUGUAACCAUGGUCACCAUGCCCUCCUUCCCGGUCAGCACACUCAAGCUGGCUUGAGGAUGAGGCCACUCAGAGGCCCCCAAUGGGGGCAAGAAGGGGAACCUGUCCCCACACUCUCCCACCAGCUCCACACAUUCCAGUCCGGCCCAGGCCCACCCCACCCACACCCACCCCCAGGCCUCCUAGGGGAAGGGGGUGCAGAGACUCUGAGCCAGGGGAGGGAGCUGGGCACAGGGCAGGGGGUUAGUUCACUGCACUAGGACUUGAUAAAGUGAUGAGCGACGCUCUGGUGGACGUGCUGCCGACUCAGCCUGGUGCUGCUCCUGCCUCCCCACCCUGUCCCCUGAAAGUUUGAUGUGGAUGUCAUGUUCUCUGCCUUCUCCCUCCCCUGCUGCCUUCCUGUGCUGCUGCUGCUAUUGCUCUGUCUGGUGAUGUGGCUGAGGAUCUGGGCCCUCCCUCCUGAGCCUCAGCCUCUCUUCCCAGGCCUAUGGAGGGGAAAGAGGAGGAACUGAACUGAAGCAACUUGGCUCAGAAAGUUGGGGAGCCCUGUGGGCCCUAUUCUGAGUGCAGGUGAGAAGUCCUAGGAAGUGGCUGGUCUGGAGUCCUUCGCAGACAGGUGGGUGCCCAGCCUGGGGCGCGCCAACCCAGUUGCAGUCACUGUGAUUGCUUACAGCAGAAACUAGUUAGGAUUUUCUACCAACGGUAAACCAAACCCAAGCUGUUGCCAAGUUUCUGAGCCUUUCACCCCUUACUACUGGGCUCCUGACCUCAAGAGGGCAGGCUGAGGGUGGUGGUGGUGGUGGGGGGGUGGAGGCUUGGCUGUCCCAUCGUCCCCACCAUCCCCGGCCUGGGUCUGGACUGAGAGCUGCUCCGGACCUCCAUUCCCAUCCCUAGGCGUGGCUUUUGGCUUCCAGAGGCUGUCACUCCCCCGAUUCACUGGCCUCUGCUUAGUGCUCUGCACGCCCUGAGGAUGGGUACCUGGGGUGCCACCUGGGAGACGUGGACCAAUAUCCGGUCUGGGUUCCAGGAGCCUGAAGCCACACUUGAGGCAGGGGUUCCUCUAGGCUCCCACCCCUUUCCCAAGGUGGCCCUGAGGACCUGCAGAGGGAGCAGAGCCGGGCUGUUGCAUGGCUGCUGCUUCUGCCCCAACAACGCCGUCUCUAGCGUCAUCUCCGCCCUGAACAUUGCCUUCUCCAGUGGGCGUUACUGAGUGAACCCUGGUGGGGGCUUCUGUGUGCCACUGCCUUCCUCUGAGGAAAGGUCCUUAGUUGGGCCAAGGGCGGGGCUGAGCUUGGGGUGGAGAGGAGUGAGGGGAGCUGGUGUGUAGGGGAUGCUAUUUUCCCUGCCUCUGCCUUGGCAGACUUCGACUUUUUAAUUUUUUUAAUAUAUUUUUUAUUGAUUUUGGAGAGG